AACUGGUGUUCUGUUCAUAGUUCGCUUUUACAUUGUCUAACAAUAGACUGACGUUUAUCAGUCGAAUUGUCGGCGAAAUAUUUAUUUUUUGACGUUUACAAAGAUGCCACUGUUUGGUAACAAGUUUUCACCCAAGAAAACUCCCCAACGUCGAGCCAGUUCACUGUCUAAUCUAAACCUAGACGCGACACAGUCACGGACAGAAUUCGGGUUAGAAUAUGGCGCUGUAAAGCUCAAUUUAGGAGGUCAUGAUGUCAGCUUUGAGAAUGGAAUGUGGAUACACGAAAGCGGUGGAGGAGGAGCUAGUCAUAAAGAGGUUACUAAGCUACGCAAAGAGAACUACUGUCUGCAAGAAGAAAAUAACUUUCUCAAAUUAAAAAUCGAUAUCCUUCUCGACAUGUUGGCAGAAACAUCAGCUGUGGCACAAUUUCGUGAAAAUGAACUGAAACAGUUACGAGAUAUGAAAUCAAAGAAGCGUUAAAAAGCCAAAUAAAAUCAUAAUUCAUCGACCUCGCAUGACCAACUGAUCUCUGCCAAUUCCUGGACAUUGAAAAUUACUAAUUACUGAAGUUGUGAAUAUAUGUACCAUUCGUAGUCAUUUUAUAUCCAUUUAUGUAAAUAUUCCGUCCAUUUAUAGUUUUACACAUGUAUAUUUUUAUGUAAUAAAUUAAUUUAAAUCCA